AUCUUGACAUCAAGCCUAGCACCCACAAUAUAUUUCUAUAUAUAUCACUAUGAAAGCACUCUUUAUUUGUGUGGUAGCCUGCAUUUCCAAGUAGAACAAACUAUUCUUGAAAGAAUCAUAAAAGCAUAAGAGAUGGCAGCCAUAGUGGAGAUCAUAUCCAAAGAAAUGAUCAAACCAUCAUCUCCAACAACUUGUACCCUUAAAACCCACAAACUAUCACUUCUCGAUCAAAUUUCACCCCCAGUUUUCAUCCCUCUAAUUUUCUUCUACCAAGAUGAACUUGGAAAUAUCAAUCGUUCAAGAAAUAUACAGAUCCUGAAGAAAUCUCUAUCCGAUGCUUUAACGCGAUUCUACCCAUUGGCCGGAAGGUUCAAUGAUAACAAUUUUAUUGAUUGCAAUGAUGCUGGAGCCGAGUUUAUUGAAGCUCAAGUUCAUGGUUACCUUUCACAAGUUAUAGAAACUCCAAAAACGGAAGAAGUAAGAGAAUUUCUCCCAAGAGAAGCAAGUGAGGUAGAGAAUAAUGAUGUUCUUCUAGCAGUCCAAGUUAAUAUAUUUAAUUGUGGAGGAAUUGCCAUUGGUGUGUGCAUGUCUCACAAAGUUGGUGACGGUUCGUCUAUAGUAACGUUCAUCAAUGCAUGGGCAGCCAUUGCUCGGGGAAAUCACACUGGAAUUGCGCAACCUAAUUUUAACAUGUCAAGUAUUUUUCCGCCAUUAGACUUGUCUAAGUCAAGUUUCAAACCAUCUAUCGGGAUAAAGAACGAUAAAUUUCUGUCAAGAAGAUUUGUUUUUAAUAAGGAAAAGCUUGAUGCAAUCAAGAAGUCGGCUUCAGGAUCACAAGUGAAGGAUCCCACUCGCGUGGAAGCUCUCUCGGCCUUUUUAUGGAAGAACUUAAUGAAAGUUUCAAAGUUGAACAGAGACUCUACAAAGAUGUUUGCCGCGGUGCAUGCAGUGAAUAUAAGAUCGCGAAUGAAUCCAACCCUAUCAGACAACUCCUUUGGGAACCUUUGGACAACUGCACCAGCAUUCUUAAGUCCAAAAAGUGAAGAAAUAUUCGGAAUUGAUGAUUUGUUAUACCACUUGAGAAGUGCAAUAAGAAAAUUAACAGUGACUAUACUGAGAUAUUACAAAACGGGGAAGAGUUUUUGAAACAUAUAAGUAAAUUUGCAGAGCUAUUCUCGAAGGAGGAAGUUGAGUUUUAUAAUUUUAGCAGUUGGUGUAGAUUUCCUGUGUAUGAAGUGGAUUUUGGAUGGGGAAAGCCAGUAUGGGUAUGUACUACAACUUUUCCUUUUAAGAAUGUGGUCAUCUUUAUGGGUACAAAAUGUGGGGAGGGAAUAGAGGCAUGGGUUAACAUGCUCGAGGAUGAUGACUUUUUUGAAAUUUCGACAUGAUUAUUUAGCCACUGUUGCACCAAUCAUGAUUUGUCACCGCAUUUUAUUGCUUAUUGUUUUAGAUCAUUAAACUAGGUGUGAAAGAAUAAGGAUAUAAUAAAGUAUGGACUUCCACUGUCUA